AUGGAGCUGGACGACCCAACUGUUGCGCCAAAGGAGGCCGACAAAGGGAUUGAGAACUACAGGACGGCACUGCAGCACGGCAGGGACGAGAACAGACCCCUUGUUGUCAUUUCCAACCACAUCAGUGCGCUUGAUCCCCACGCUGCAUCCGGUGCCCUCUGGUCCUGCUUCCGCCCCGUCGUCAAGAAGGACGUUCUGUCCAUUCCGCUGUACGGCGGUGUUGCCCGCACCCUCGGGUCCAUUGGGGUUGACAGGACUAAAGCAUCGGGCGUGGUCAACACGCUGCGCUCCUACAUUGCCGACAACGGCCAUGACGCAAUCCCGCUAUACCUGUGCCCUGAAGCCUCCACAACCAACGGCGAAGGUCUGUUGAGGUUCAAGCGCGGUACCUUCCUCACAGAUACUGAAGUUCUCCCCGUCUGUCUCCAAUACCAGCCCACGCUUGCCCUCGACAUCCUGCAGAUUAUUCGCUUCAUGUCGUGCGUUCGCCCUAAAUACAUCUGCGCCACCAUUCUCCCGCCCAUGCGUCGGCGCCACGGCGAAGACUACCAGGCAUUCGCAGACAGGGUUGGGCGGGCGAUGGCGGCAGCGAUGGGCAUCAAGUACGAGCUUGAGCGGACGUACGAGGAGGCGUUGUUGUUCUACACCGCGCUCGAGCACCAGUACAGACACAGGACCGGCAAGUUUGCGCCGGGAAGGGCAGACGCGACGAAGAAGAACAACAAGAAGAAGAACAAGUAG